GAAUUGAAAUUUCGAAUCUUGUCAUCAGCAGCGCCAGCGUGUAUUCAAACAAUUCCACUAUUUUCCCCCAACCUGAUUCGAACCCUAAACCUAGUUUUUGACAGAAACGCAAACCUGCAAAUCCCAAUUUCCCCGCCAAAAGAAAACGUAAUGCUAAUAAAUACUAGUAAUAAAUUCUAAUAAAAAAGGUGAAUGUAACUGAUCAACCGCCAUCCGCCACCGCAUGGACGCCGUCGUCAACUCAGCACUGGAAGAGAUAUGCUGCGGAGCGGCGAAGGGGCUCCAGCUCAGCGACUUGUGGGCGAAAAUCGGCCCAACUCUCGCUGCCCGCGGCCUCCCCAUCUGCCAGAACGUGAAGCGGGCAGUGUGGGAGAAUCUGGCGGAGAUACCGGGGCUGAAGCUUGUGGCGUGCGACGGCGCCUCGUCCGAGCUUACGGAGUCUACAGUUGAAGAGUGCGACAAGAUGAAUGUCAAAAUCGUGGCUCCAGAAGCGAUGAGGAGGAGUUUUCUCGGACUUUACGACUUGGGAACGUCGGAAUCCUCAUCGGCUGAUAUUCAACGCUUUAUUCUCGAACGCCUCGCCGUAGCUAGGAACAAUGGGAUUGCGCAGAACGAUCUUACUAAGGAAUUACACAUUCCUGCUAACAAUUUAUCUUAUCAAUUUAAGACACUUGAAACCCAAGGAUUGAUAGUGAAGCAGCCAACUGUCAUUAGGAAGAAUGGUAACAUUGUGUCCACCAAUAUGCUAUAUCUUGCUCGUUAUGCUAAGCAUUUCGGUUCUCAGCAGAGGCUUGAAAUCACUAGGACGGAUCAGAUGUUGAGGGAUGGGGAGGGUGCAGAUGGUCAUACUGGAACAAAUGAUGAUGGGGUUACUGGAAUUGUGGCUGAGAAUGUAUCUGUCAAAGAUUUUGUACCAGCACUGAAAGCCAUCUGUGAUAAACUUGAAAAAGCUGAGGGCAAGGUUUUGGUUGUCUCAGAUUUAAAAAAAGACCUUGGUUAUCGGGGGACUCAUGGCCAUAGAAGUUGGAGAAAUAUAUGUCACAGGUUGAAAGAUGCUCGAGUUGUAGAAGAGUGUCGUACAAUAAUCAAGAAUAAGGAGGUUGAUUGUUUACGUCUACUUCAAAGUUUCUCAACGUCACAUUUUGAGCCAAAAUCUCAUGGACGUGGCCCUGAUGGUAUGGACAUAGAACAAUCACAAAAUUUGUCAAAAAGAGGACAAGUUACAGAAGAACUUGUAGAGCUUCCCAUCUUGCGUCAGAUCUAUGACAUGAUUGAUGUUGCAGGGUUAAAAGGAUUGACCAAUACAGAAGUAUGUAGAAGGCUCGGUUUGUGCUGUAAGGAGUACCACAAGCGAUAUUUUAAACCAUUGAUAUCUAUCUUUGGCGUACAUUCGUUAAAGGAAAGCCACAAAAAAGGCGAGGUUUUCCGACUUUGGACAGCUGGUAACUUCAAACCAGAACCAUCCAACAUGAUCCCAUUUGAAGGAGAAACAGCUUGUCAGGAAGCCCGUGAAUCUAAAUCACUUGUUGAGGAUCCGUACCUUCUUAAGGACUCAUCUCAGCCUGUGCAGGUGCUAGAUACUUCUAUUUCUGUGGGGAAUACUAGUGGUACCUGUGAAAGUGAGAAUGAUGCAGCUGACAAAAAAGAAGCUUCGAACUGUACAACUGUGGAUGAAUGUUCUAGUGGUAUGCUUGUACGAUGCAAUACACAGAAUUCUGAUGUGGAACAAUGCACUGGGGUCCCUGCUGAGGAACCAUUGCAGGGAAGUAAAUCAGUACCUAACUGUAAUGUGCCAGAAACACACCCUCUUGCUCUUGUAAAGUCUCCAAUGCGUCGAUCAUAUCCAAGACCUUCCAGUCUUCCAAUUCGUGCAUCCAGCUCACGGAGGGAGCAACAUAUACUCAAGGUUUUGGAGGAGGAGAAGUUCCUAUUAAAACCUGAGCUCCACAGGCAACUUGAGAGUCUUGAGACAGAAAAGAACACAAUGAUGGAUAGGAAGACCUUGGAACGUAUUCUUAACAAAAUUCAGCAAGACGGAAAUUGUAAAUGCAUCCAGGUUAGUGUCCCAGGCGUGACAAACUGUGGUCGCAGCAGGACAAUAGAAGUUGUCCUCCAUCCAUCACUUUUUAAUGUCUCAUCUGAAUUAUUGACUCAAAUUCAUGAUAAGAUGAGGCAUUUCGAAAUCCAAGUGCGCAAGCAAGCAUAUAUGCGGCAGAAGAAAAACCAAUCAGUUCCCAUAUUGGACAAUGUGCAGAGAAUCCCCUGUACUGUGCAGACCCAAUCAGAGCAUGCAGGAUUGAUGCGUGCUAAUGGAUUUGUUCUGGCAAAAAUGGUUAGAACAAGGCUUCUUCACACCUUUCUUUGGGGUUUGGUCUGUAGUUCCCCUGGUUGGGAUCAAGAUUUAUUCAUUAGCGACCAUUCUCAUGAUUUGGAAAAUCCACACAGCUCUUGUAAGUUAUUCGAGUUAAAUCUAUCCAUUAGGUCAAUGCCACUUGAAUUGUUCUUACAAGUAGUUGGAUCUACUGAAAAGUUUGAGGAUGUGCUCGAGGAGUGUAAAAGCGGCUUGUUACUUCGUGAUCUUCCUAUGGAAAAACAAAAUUGCCUGAUGGAUACUCGAGCAUCUAAUCGAUUGUCCUAUCUCAUCGAAAUAUUACGACGUUUGAAGUUGAUUCGUCUAAUGAGUAAGGGCCAUGCAGAAGAUGGAUCCAGCAGCCUGCACACUACUCUUAAUUAUGCAUUGGAAUUUAAGCCUUACCUCGAGGAACCAACAUCAGCUGUUGCAUCAUCUGGUCUUGUUUUUGCUGAUCUGCGCCCUCAAAUCAGACAUGAUUUUGUCCUUUUGAGCAAAAAAGCUAUUGAUGACUACUGGGGCACUCUGGAGUAUUGUUAUGCUGCAGCUAAAUCAAGGGCUGCAUUACUCGCAUUUCCAGGAUCUGCAGUUCAUGAGGUAUUUCAUCCGAAAUCAUGGGCAUCUGGCCGGGUCAUGACAGCUGGCCAGCGAGUAGAACUUGUCAAACGUCUGGCAAAAGAUGGCACAGAGAAGAAACUUUCAUUCGAAGACUGUGAGAAGAUUGCUGAAGAUCUCAAUUUGACACUGGAGCAGGUGCUCCGUGUCUAUUAUGACAAGAGGCAGCGGUCUGCUACUAGAUCUACGAGUACUGUGGAUGCUGAAGGUGAAGAGCUUCAGACAGCCAAAGGAAAACGUAUUAUGUCUCCACGGAAGAGGAGACGUUUAUCAGAUAGAAUUUCCUCAAAGCUUGGAAACGGACAUUCAGGUCUGAAGGCAGCUAAUUCGUUAUUAGGUCCGGAUAGCCAAUCUACCAUGGAACAAGGUUCUUCGACAAUUACUACUACUGACAAUGAUGAUUGCCAGUCUCAGAGAAAUUCUGUAGGUGAUAAUAGAGAGCGUUUGGGGGCGGAAAAAUUGAGUGAAGAAGAUAAGGAUGUCUAUUCUUUCAAGCGAGCACUAUCAAGGUUGAACCCAGCACGUCAGAAAAAGUUUUAUUGGUCAGAAGAGGCUGAGAGGCAAUUAGUGAUUGAAUAUGCUAGACACCGAGCUGCUCGGGGGGCAAAUUUUCAUCGCGCAGAUUGGGUGUCAAUUUUAAAUCUCCCAGCACCUGCUCAUGCAUGCAAGAGAAGAAUGGCAUUAUUAAAUAGCUUUAUCCCUUUCAGAGAGGCUGUUAUGAAACUAUGCACUAUUCUUUCGGAACAAUAUGCAAAGUACCUUGAGAAGUUCCAGGACAAGAUGUUGAUUCAUGCAGAUUCUGAAGAGAUGAUUCGGGGUCCUGCAUCUGAAGAAGCUGACAUGCUUGAGAAAUGGGCUAAUUUUGAUGAGGAUAUCGUUAAGGUUGCAUUGGAUGAUGUCUUAAUAUGCAAAAGAUUGGCUAAGCUGAAUGCUGCUCGAGAAACGUUUCCAGAACAAGAAAUAAGUGAGGACGAUGACAUCGAGGAUUGUGGUCAGAGUAAUGCUUCUGGUCAAAUAUCAAGUGCCCAGCAACGUCUCAGAAAACAUUUGCAUACAGGUGCAAGAAUUUUGAGACAGAUGCAUGAAUCAGUUGCAGUUGCAAAUGCUGUGGAGCUAUUUAAACUUAUCUUUCUAAGCAAAUCAAAAGCUCCAGAAGCACCGACUUUGCUGGCCGAAACACUACGUCGUUAUUCUGAGCACGACCUCUGUGCUGCUUUUAAUUACUUGAGAGAGAGGAAAAUUAUGAUUGGUGGUGGCAACGGUCAAUUUGAAUUAUCACAGCACUUCUUGCAUAGUAUCACGUCAUCCGAAUUUCCCCCUGAUACUGGAAGCAGAGCUGCUAAGCUUGCUGUCUGGCUUCAUGAGAGAGAAAAGGAUUUAGUUGAAGAGGGCAUUGAAGUUCCAUCAGAUCUUCAGUGUGGUGAAGUUUUCUCUUUGUGUGCUCUACUAUCUUCAGGUGAACUGUCAAUUACCCCAUUGCUACCCAAUGAAGGUGUUGGAGAGGCAGAAGAUAAUCGACCUUGUAAACGUAAAAGUGAUAGUACCGAGCCUGAUGGGGGAUUACCAAAAAAAUUAAAAAAAACAUUUGCCGGGGACAGUGAGUUAACUACCCGCAGAGAAAAAGGUUUUCCCAGCAUAAAGUUAUGCUUGCAAAGGGAAACAAUUUCAAGAUUUAUUGCUGUCGACUCAUUCAAGAAGGGGAACUUGUAUCCUGCCCCAUUUUGUGGAGUAAAAGAUCAAAGCAAUACUUCAUCUGGUUUGGAUGUUACCUCAAGUUUGUUGCCUUCUGAGAUUGCUGAUCAUUCAAGUGAUAUCCUUGAAUCUGGGACGGUAGAUCAUCCCACUCUUGAGCUGAGUGAAUCUCCAUGGGAAGCUAUGACCGGCUAUGCUAAGCAUCUAUUUUCUUCAUGUUCUUAUGAAUUAAAUAGUUCGUUGCUUCAACCUGAUUUGUUCAAAACACUCUAUUCAGCCAUUCAGAAGUCUGGCGACAACGGGUUGAGCAUGAAAGAGAUCCACAAGGUUCUGAACAUUAAGGAAGAGAAAUUAUUGGAAGUUACAAUUGAGGUGCUUGAAGCAUUUGGGCGAGCAUUAAAGGUCAAUGCUUACAAUUCAGUUCACGUGGUUGAUUCCCUAUACCGAUCCAAAUAUUUCUUGACCAGUAUAGACGAUCGUGUUGCUCAUCAUCUCAAAUCGGAAAGGAAAACCAAGGACAAGCCUACGCCUCUUAAUCUUGAUAGUCAAAGGAAGAAUAUGGCCUCCUCAGAGGAUAAGAUCAACACAAAUGACAAUGAAGGACAUAGAGUCACAAUUUUAAAUCGUCCUCAAGAUGUCACCGAUCCUCCUUCAGAAAUAUUAGCAGGGAAUAAGAUUACAGGCCAUCAACAUUCUGAUGUUGCUUCACCCAAAGUGAAUAGAGGAGAAAACCUUGAAUGCUGCCGUACUGAUUCAAAUCAUAUAAGUUGGCCCCUGUUGCCAUGGAUGAAUGGAGAUGGUACUAUAAAUGAGCUUCUAUACAAGGGGCUUCUUCGCCGUGUUCUUGGUAUUGUUGUGCUAAAUCCAGGGAUAUCAGAGGAUGGAAUCAUAAAUCAGAUGCAAGGUCUAAAUCCGCAGAGCUGCAGGCAGCUGUUACAGAUGAUGAUUCUGGAUAACCACUUAACUACCCGCAAAAUGCAGCAGAUGACAUCGGCACGGCCUCCCUCCAUUCUGGCCAAUCUUCUUGGUGAUAAAUUCAGAAAAUCUAAGUGGAUAUGUCGAGUCCAUUUCUUUGCGAAUCCCUCGACCACCACCUUGUUGUAGAGCGGUCCGGGUGACUAAUUUGCACAGCACAUGAACGGGGAUGGAGGCUGCGUAGCCAUGGAAGGUCAAAACAAAGAAAAUCUUGAAUCCUCUUCUUGUAUAGUUAGAAAAUCUUGCACCCACUUGUUGUACAGUUAGAAUCUUGAACCCUCUUUUGUAUAGUUAGAAUCUUAUAUGUAGAGUUGCUUAAAUUAUUCUCUGGGUUCAGAAAAAUGUUUUGGCCUUAAUUGUCUGUGCGAUUGGCUUUUAUGCUGGAAAUGUUAAUUAGUUAUUCUACUAUGAUUUAUGCCAA